UGUCAAACCAGAAGAGAAGUAAAAUUCAACAAAAAUUUAUAUGUGGAGUUCUCUCUUAAAAGAAGAAAAAAGUGAUUAUUGAGACUAUGGAUCGGAGCAAACGGAAUUCAAUUGCAGGAUUUCCUCCACGAGUGGAGCGUCUUGAAGAAUUUGAAGGAGGUGGUGGAGGGGAUGGGACUGCGACCCAGGUGGGAAGAGUUUGGCCAUCUUCAUAUCGAGCUCUUAUAAGUGCCUUUUCCAGACUGACACGUUUGGAUGAUUUUACCUGUGAAAAAAUAGGGUCUGGCUUCUUCUCUGAAGUGUUCAAGGUGCGCCACCGAGCUUCUGGUCAGGUGAUGGCUCUUAAAAUGAACACACUGAGCAGUAACCGGGCAAACAUGUUGAAAGAAGUGCAGCUCAUGAAUCGACUCUCCCAUCCUAACAUCCUUAGGUUCAUGGGUGUAUGUGUUCAUCAAGGACAGUUGCAUGCACUUACAGAGUAUAUCAACUCUGGGAACCUGGAACAGUUGCUAGAUAGUAACCUGCAUUUGCCCUGGUCUGUGAGGGUAAAACUGGCCUAUGACAUAGCAGUGGGCCUCAGCUACCUUCACUUUAAAGGCAUCUUUCAUCGUGACCUCACAUCUAAGAACUGCCUGAUAAAGAGGGAUGAGAAUGGUUAUUCUGCAGUGGUUGCUGACUUUGGCCUGGCUGAGAAGAUCCCUGAUGUCAGCAUGGGGUGUGAGAAGCUGGCUGUAGUGGGCUCACCCUUCUGGAUGGCACCUGAGGUUCUCCGAGAUGAGCCCUAUAAUGAGAAGGCAGACGUGUUCUCUUAUGGUAUCAUCCUCUGUGAGAUCAUCGCCCGCAUCCAGGCUGAUCCGGACUAUCUUCCCCGCACAGAGAAUUUCGGGCUGGACUAUGACGCUUUCCAGCACAUGGUGGGAGACUGUCCCCCAGACUUUCUGCAGCUCACCUUCAACUGCUGUAAUAUGGACCCCAAACUGCGCCCAUCCUUCGUGGAGAUUGGGAAGACCCUGGAGGAAAUUCUGAGCCGCUUACGGGAAGAAGAGCAAGAAAGAGAUAAGAAGGUACAGCCUAUAGCCAAAGGACUCUUGGAGAAAGUACCUGGGGUGAAGCGUCUGAGCUCACUGGGUGACAAGAUCCCCCACAAAUCACCGCGUCCAAGACGUACCAUCUGGCUGUCUCGAAGCCAGUCAGACAUCUUGUCUGGUAAACCCCCACGUACAGUGAGUGUCUUGGACCCCUACUACCGGCCACGAGAUGGUACUGCCCAUAGCCCCAAAGUCAACCCUUUCAGUGCUCGCCAAGAUCUCAAGGGUGGCAAGAUCAAGUUCUUUGACCUACCCAGUAAGUCUGUCAUCUCCCUGGUAUUUGACCUGGAUGCACCAGGGCCUGGAACUAUGCCUUUGACUGAUUGGCAGGAGCCCCUGCCCCCACCUGCUCGUCGGUGGCGGUCCUUGCCUGGUUCACCUGAAUUCUUGCGUCAACAAGCCUGUCCAUUUGUGGGCCAGGAAGAAUCACUAUCUGAUGGGCCCCCACCACGCCUCAGUAGUCUCAAGUACAGAGUAAAGGAGAUCCCACCAUUCAGGGCAUCUGUUCCAGCCCAUGAGGCCAUGGAUUGCUCCAGUCUUCAGGAAGAAAACGGUUUUGGACCCAGGCCCCAGGAGACUAGUCCAUGUUCUGCAGGUGCCUCUGAGGAGAUGGAGGUAGAAGAAGAAAGGCCAAGAGGGUUGGCUCCAGCCCCUUUCUCCAUAACAAGCAUUGGCCUACAAACACAAGGAGAGCAGGAUGGGUGAGGGAGUUAGUCUUGCCUCACAUUUGGAUGGAUCUUCCACUGAAGCCAUAAGGCCCCCUUGGUACACAGCUUUGACUUUUCCCUGGAGCCCACAAAGCAGGUAGGCUAGGCUAAGGCGGGUUCAACUUUUGGGCUCCCAGUGCUUACUAUGUAUGAUAGCAGUGAGAGGCUUUCCUAGUUAGGGCCAACAUCUGACACCAAACCUCUCAAAUCCAGCAAAGAGCUCUGGUCCCCACCAGACCCCCUGUGCACUUCCUCAAUACAGGAUCAGAGGACCCCCUAGUUCUAGGCUGAGCUGGUAGACAGCUAUGACCUAUGGUUUUUUCCUCCACACCAAUUCAGUCCCUUGCCCUUUUUUAGGGCAUGUAAGGCUACUAGAUGGAAUACAGAGCUGACUAGGAGGCUAUAAAGAGCAGGGCAUGGCUGUUUCUCAGAGCUAAAGACUGGGGUGCUUCUUGCCAGUACGUCUAAGACACUUGAAUAAUUGCUGUUUGCACUUCCUGCAUGGUCAGACCACAUCACUACAUUUCUAUGCAAGGGGAGGGCAAGGCAGUGUGGUGGUCAUGGCUCUUAGCUAACCUUUUCAAAAACCUUUUCCAGUUAAUCUAUUUUCAUAUUUAUAAAGAAGUCUUAAUGUUCUGUCCCAUAAAACUUUCAACCUUGUGGCUGGGAGUGGGGCUGGUUCUGUAGGCCCUAGGGCCUGCUCUAUGUAUUUGUCAACAUGUGAUAUACUCAAUUAGUUAAAUGGACUGAUUUUCUUCCCUUCCUGCUAUGCCUGGAGCUUCAGGAAGUCUGUCCUUACAGAGC